AAAAAACAUAAUAAAAAGUAAAGUGAGAAAAAGAUCUUUAAUAAGAAGAGAAUGAUUAAGAAGGAAAACAUAAAGAGGGAAAUGAAAUAAAAUACGGAAAGAAAAAGAAAACGACAAAAAAGAACUAUUUCGAAUAGAAAUUUUACAAAAUAAAAUAUCCUAAUAGAGUAAUAAAUAGAAUAAUAAAAUUGGAAAAGAAAUAAGAACAAAAGGAUAGAAAAAAGAUCGAAAAAGGAAUGAAAAGUGUCUAGUGAUGAAAAUAAGGAAAGAAAAAUUUUAGGGAGAAAAAGAAAAAAUGAAACAUGGGAUCGUUUUGAGCAGAUUUGUGAAAGGUGAGAUUAUUUAUAUAAGGUUUUCAAAGAAAGAGUAGAAAACCUGAUAUAGUAGGUCAUCAACAGGUCAGGGUCCAAUGAAAGAAGAUGAGGUGCAAAGGUGAGAUUAUUCUAGAAUUACGUAAAGGUGAGAUUAUCAUGAGAAGACCAGGGAAAGGUGGGAUUAAGCAGGUGACUGAUUCAUUGCUAAAGUCUUCUGGGAAGCAGGGGACUGAGAUACCAAGUACUGAGAAACAACAUGUGGCAGCCCCCAAACCAUGGAGCUCUUUGUUUAAGGAUAACCGCGACCCAAGACAUGGCAUUAAACUGAAAUAUGUCCCUCCUAAAGGUGAAACAUUGGAUCUUGGUGAUCGAGUACUACCUUCAGACUGCAACUACAAUAGGCUCUGGCUUUGCAACUCACACUGGAUCGAAAGCAGGGAGUAGCACUAGUCUCAGGGGCAUGCCCUCCCUACCCACCCACUAUUCUACCUUGACCGCCCUCCUCUCCGUUUUCGCCGGAGAAGAUUCACUUGCUCUCCGAACCAAGCUAGAUAGUCUCCUAUCACUAGGCUCACCAACCAACCUGGAGGGGUGCUAACCUGGCCACCCAACCCAGCAGGGCGGGGAGAAGAAGUGAACCCGAAUAGAUGGUCAUUCAUGUCGUCUUCACCUUCACUUGCCAUAUCCCACGCUCGUCAGGGUGGUUCCCCAUCUGUGACUUGUCGCGUAUGCGCUGUGAAUGCUAAUUUGCAAUCCGCAGACUAGCCCCGAUCGGACUUCAAAAAGGUGUUCGCGCAGGAGUUUUCUUGCUGCCCCAGUAAGAAGUUCGUGAGGCCAUGAAACAUGAAUGAGGACUUUCUUACUGACCGCUAAACCUCCUCCUUAUGAGAAUGGUUUUAGCCCGCGCUCAACGGAUAAUGCCCAAGGACGGCCCAGAGACAUCCGCUCGUGAGCAUAAUUCGUGCUAGACUAGCUCAUGGUUGAAAUGUGGGGAUACUGUCUAGUUGGACACUUCACGGGAAAAUCCCCUAAACUAAAAGAAAUCCAUGAUAUGAAAGCUACAUGGGGUGUCAAAUGCCUUGUGAGGUCCCACAACAAAGGUUGGAUAAUUUUUAAAUUUCAAAGUGAAGAAGAUAGAUUGAAGGUACUACCUGAGGGACUUUACACUAUGUAUGGGAAACUUCUAAUGCUCAAAGAACUCUGAGAAGAUUUCUCAUUUGAGGAUGAGGAAUUUCUAAAUGUACCAAUUUGGAUUAAGUUCCCUAAUUUACGAAUGAUGUUAUGGAAUGAUGAGGCUAUGAGUGAGGUAGCUUCUAUGGUCGGGGUCUCAAUAACUACGCACAAGAUCACUCAAGAGAGGAUUAACAAUGACUUUGCUAGAGUGCUAAUAGAGGUUGAUAUUUCAAAGCCGCCACCACUAUCUUUUCCUGUAUGACUACCCUUGUAACACCGACCCCGAGCAUAUUUACUUUUAGUAAAUUAUGUAAUAAACCUUGAAAGAUGAUUUAUGAAUUUGCGUAAUUGUAAAUUUUUAUUAUUUCUUUUACGUGAAUAGUAAAUUGCAUGUGGGGCCCACAGCGGGAACGGGGACCGCCCGAUAAUUCCCGAACCACAUAUUAUAUUCAUCUUGGCCUAGAUAAUAUGUAUAUGGUGGUGGAUAUUUUAAUUGGGCCAUAAGAAAGGCAUGGGGUUGACCGGUGGGUCAAACGGGGCCCAAUUACCGGUAUUGGUAAUUUAACGGAUAACGGCCCGAAAUGAGUUUCGGAGACUCCUAAAUUAAUGUUGGGGAAUGUACACCUAUUCUAAAGGCCCAUAAUUAUUAGGAACACGUGAUAUAUUUUUCCCGGCUCGAUAAAAUAAAAUACGACUAAAGUAGUCCGAAAAAUACAACUUUCGGGGCCGAUUAUACAUACCGGGACAUAAUGGGAUGACCUCCCACAUAAGUGGGGGCCACCCCACGUUUUUAAGGGUGCUGAAUGACCAGAGUAAUGGGAAUGGGACAUCCUAACAUGGCUUGGGCGGACUUAUGAAGGAGAGGGUAGCUGGGGGGACAAACCACACCCCUCCUUGUCUCAUUCAUGCACCAUCCUCAUAAGGUGUGGAGACUUGAUGGACUCCUCCCUCAUUCUACACCAUAAGGAGGAUAGAAUAGAGAGAUAAGGUCCAGGGAAGAGCUCUCAACAUUCUGGAGCUUGAGGAGCCAAGAAGAGGGAAGAAUCCAUAGAGGAAAAAGGCUAAGCCUUGAGGUAAGAACACAUAUGGUUCUUUUAACUAGUUUUAUGGUGUAUGAUUUUUAAGAAAUCAUAUGGUGGAUUAAACAUGAUGUUCUACACGUUUAAAAGUGUAGAAUAUUGAUAUAAAGUUGUGAUAUUUAACUUAGAAGAGUUGGUGAAUCGAUAGGAGUCGAAAUCGCCGAAAACCGCCACUUUAAGGGAGCUGCCCGUUUCUGCAGACUACGAAAGCCGCCCGGCUUUCGUGAAAGCCGCCCGGCUUUUGCCCAGCAGCUCAGUUUUACACCUUCAAUCGGCCUAGAACGGGGAUUGAUCGAGGGGCUUAGCAAAGGCAACUAUUUCAGCACUUCAUAAGGUGAGGAUGGCUGACUAUAUUGCUUAUAAUUAGUGAGUUAAUUUCAUGAGAUUACCGAAGGUAAUUAAAUGUGUUUUUAUGGAUUAUUAACGAUUAAUAAUGCCUAAAAAUGAAAAGAUUAAAUGUCUAGAGAAAAAAGCAUGAUAUACAAAUUUAGGAAUAAAUUGUGUAUGUUCAUGUGUUAUGAGUAUGUUGACUUGAAAGUGGAACUUGUUAUGAAACAUGUGUUGAAAUAUACUUUUUCUUCAUAUUAGAAUAUAUGAGUGAUUAAAAGUGAUAUUUUGGAUAUUGACAUAAAUGAUAAUUUUCAAAGGAAAAUCAGUUGGAAUUGUCUAUAUGACUAUGAGUUGAGAACUUGGUUUGUUGAUGUUAAUUUGACUACUAUUAAGAUGCUAGUUGGACAUUAAAAUGAAAUGUUGUUAAGAUUGAUCCUAAGGUUGGAUUGUGAAAUAUUA